GCCAGUGUUUUCGUGGCCGUCGUCGUUCUAACCGGCAUUUCUGAGGUGCUAAUUCAGCGCAAGAUUAGGUUUCGUUUUCGGUUUCAGUUUCAGCACGAGCAAUAUUCAGCAAAGUCAGUUGCCCGACGACCGUGAUCGCGAUAGCAACACUUUCACCCAGCAAAACGGAUCACAAUGGCCAAACCGCAGCACAUCCUGCAGCUGAGUGAGGAGCAGCGGAGCAGCUUCGUCGGCUCCUUCGAUCGGGUGCUCAGCGACAUUGAUGGCGUCCUGUGGACCAUGGAGCACAAUGUUCCGCGGGCCGCCGACGGAUAUGCCGCCUUGGAGCGAAGCGGGAAGCAGCUGACCUUCGUCACCAACAACAGUGUUCGUACGGUGGACCAGUGCAUCCGGCGAUUCGCCAAGAUCGGGAUGCAGGUGCAGCCGGAGCAGAUCUGGCAUCCGGCCCAGUCCAUCGUCAACUAUCUGCGGGGCAUCAAGUUCGAGGGUCUCAUCUACAUCAUCGCCACCCAGCCGUUCAAGGCGGUGCUCCGCGAGGCGGGAUUCCAGCUUCUGGACGGGCCCAACGAGUUCAUCGAGGAGAGCUACGAGUGUCUGGCCAAGAACAUCUUCGACAAGGAACCAGUGCGUGCCGUCGUCAUUGACGUGGACUUCAACCUGAGCUCCCCAAAGUUGCUGCGGGCGCAUCUGUAUCUGCGGCGUCCGGAGUGCCUGCUGAUCGGAGGCGCCACGGAUCGCCUGCUGCCGGUGGCCAAGGGCGUGAACAUCAUUGGACCCGGGGCCUUUGCCUCCAUUCUGGUGGAGGCCAGUGGGAGGGAGGGCAGCUGCAUCACACUGGGCAAACCGGGUCGCGAACUGGGCAAUCUCAUUGUGGAGCACUACAAGAUCGAUCGGCCCAGUCGGGUGCUCAUGGUCGGCGAUAUGCUGGCCCAGGAUAUUGGCUUCGGGCGGCAGUUCGGUUUCCAGACGCUGCUCGUCCUCAGCGGCGGUUGCACCAGGGAGCAGCUCCUGGCGGAGACGGAUCCGCGACACAUUCCCGAUUACUAUGCCGACAGCAUGGCCGAUGUGGCCCAGUUGCUGGGAGAGACGCCCAAAGCGCAUGUUUAGUUGUAUAUAUAUUAUAUAUAUAUAUGGGUACCUGGGUAAUUGAUUAUCAUCAUUAUUGCUAUCAGCACAAUACCGUAUUUUAUUCGUUAUUAUUUUAUCUGAAAUAUAAUUCACACUAAGCAAACAAAA